AUGUUUAGAGGAAAAGUUCUCAUUAUCGUGAACGUAGCUUCACAGUGCGGCCUUACGAAUUCAAACUACACACAGUUUAAAGAACUGCUUGAUAAGUACAAGUCGCAGGGAUUGGAAGUGGCUGCUUUCCCAUGCAAUCAGUUUGGUGGAGAGGAACCCGCUUGUGAACUUGAUAUCAAGAAUUUUGUGACCGAUAAGUUCAACUUUGAGCCAGAUCUCUACGCCAAGGUUAACGUUAACGGUGACAAUGCCGAUCCCCUCUUCAAGUAUUUGAAGAAAGAGCAGGGCGGGACAAUGUUCGACGCAAUUAAAUGGAACUUCACCAAAUUUUUGGUUGAUAGAGAUGGAAAUGUUGUGAAAAGAUUCGGGCCUACAACAGAGCCAAAAGAUAUGGUAAAGGACAUCGAAAAGCUCCUUUCAGCAGGCACUGCUUAA